GAACCUUACAAAAACCCGGCACAUCCUUCUCACACAUUAGCUUCAUUAGCCGCUCCCAAACCCUAGUCUCUCCGCCUGACUGACUCCACGCUUGAACAGACUCGAUGGGUGAGGAGGUUAAGUCUAUCGUUCCAGAGUCUGUCUUGAAGAAGCAGAAGAGGGAAGAGGAAUGGGCACUGGCCAAAAUACAGGAGCUUGAAGCUACUAAGAAGAAGAGAGCAGAGAGCCGCAAGUUGAUUUUCAACAGAGCUAAGCUGUACGCGAAGGAGUAUGAGGAACAAGAGAAGGAACUAAUUAGAUUGAAACGUGAGGCAAAGCUUAAAGGUGGAUUUUAUGUUGAUCCAGAAGCUAAACUUCUGUUUAUUAUUCGCAUCCGUGGUAUCAAUGCCAUGCAUCCACAGACUAGGAAGAUCUUGCAGCUCUUGCGUUUGAGACAGAUCUUCAAUGGUGUAUUCCUUAAAGUCAACAAAGCCACAAUGAACAUGCUGCACAGAGUCGAACCAUAUGUGACUUAUGGAUACCCAAAUCUCAAGAGUGUCAGAGAACUUAUUUACAAGAGGGGUUAUGGUAAGGUCGACAAGCAGAGAGUUGCUUUAACUGACAACUCCAUCGUUGAGCAGGCUCUGGGCAAGCAUGGAAUCAUCUGCGCUGAAGAUCUUAUCCAUGAGAUCAUAACAGUUGGUCCGCACUUUAAGGAGGCCAACAACUUCCUUUGGCCAUUUAAGCUCAAGGCACCUUUAGGCGGACUGAAGAAGAAGAGAAACCACUAUGUUGAAGGAGGUGACGCUGGAAACAGAGAGAAUUACAUAAAUGAGCUCAUCAGGAGAAUGAACUAGAUUGUCAGUGUUUGGUUAUGACGUUAGGACGAAGUUUAAGCGCCGAUUUUCUUCUCUCAAGUUUUGAAAAUGAGGAUGAUAAAUGAUAUUCUUAGGUUCAAUUUGAUAUUUGUUGUUCAUUGCCAUGUGAGAAUUAUCAAGUGCCUUACAAAAUAUUGUUAUAAUGAACAUUUCUUUAUGUCAAGUUUUAUUUCUCAGCAUCGGGUAUUUUCAUGGAGCUAUUUGGUAUUUAUGAACAGUACAAGGAGACUAAGCUUUUGGAA